UUGAUCGUCUCCUAAGAAAGUGUGUGUGAAGUGUAAGACUGGGAGGGAGAGAGAGAGAGAGGGAGAUUCAUGGGGAAAUCUAGCUCCUGCUUCAGAUUGAUCACAUGUGGCGGUGAUGAGGCGGAGAAGGAUGAUCACCAAGUAGUAUCGGAGAUCAACGAUUCUAACGAUAAACGUGGAUGGAGUUUCCGGAAGAGAUCUGCAAGGCAUCGUGUGCUUAGCAAUACUGCCAUAACUGAGACCCCAUCUUCUGCAAAUAAGGAGAGUUCAGAACGUACAAGCAUUAAUUUUCAAUCAGUGGCUGAACCUAAUGUUGUUGAGAAGAUUUAUACAACAAAUUUCUCUGAUGAAAAGCCCCAGUUAUCCUCCUUGGCAAGCUCACAAGUGUCAGAAACAAUUGUCACUGAAACUGAGGGUAAGGUGGAUGUCAAUCAACCGGAGUCUGUUGUUAUCAUUAUCCAAGCUGCCAUUAGAAGAUUUUUGGCUCAGAAAGCACUGCUAAAGAGUAAGAAUGUAGUGAAGUUGCAAGCUGCUGUUCGUGGGCACUUGGUCAGGAAGCAUGCUGUAGGAACACUGCGUUGUGUUCAAGCUAUUGUUAAAAUGCAGCUCCUUGUGCGAGCUCGACAUGCUAAGCAGUCACAUUCAGAAAAUCAUUUAAAUCACAAGGAUGGCAAAAAUGAUGGCUCAAAAACUUUGGGUACUGAAUAUCAUGUCACCAAAUCAAAUGUGACGCACAAUUCCAUAGAGAAGCUGCUUAGCAAUAGGUUUGCUCGUCAGCUGUUGGAAUCAACACCAAAAAACAAACCUAUUAAUGUCAAGUGUGAUCCGUCUAAAGCUAAUUCUGCUUGGAAAUGGUUGGAGAGAUGGAUGUCUGUUUCCUCAAAAGAUUCUGCAGAGUAUAAGAAACCAAUUUGUGUGUCAGAACAAUCAAACGAAACCAAAGAUAGCACUUAUGUGUCUCAAUUGGAAACAGAUAUUCAAUCUGAAGUUUUUCUUCAGUUUGCUGACUCAAAGCCCACUGUUGGGGAUUCAUCUCUUCCGUCUGAGAAUGAAGAGAAGACAACCACUUAUGAUGCUAACAACUUCAACUUUCAAGCAAGCCCCUCUACAAAAGAUAACUUGGAACAGACUCCUCAUGAAAAGACGAUUACAGAUGAUGCUAAAGUAACCUCAACUGAAAUUGAUUCUUUCCAAAAUGAAAAAAUGGAAUCAGAUACAAUUCCCUUACAGGAGCCUACUUCUUUUCCUCAUAAGCCUGAAAUUGAUGAUGAGCAGUGCAAACAAUCUAUCAAAACAGUUGCCUCAGACCAACUUGAGACUGAGGGAAUGACAUUUGCACAUGAAUCAAGGAAGUUCAGUAAUCCUGCAUUUAUUGCUGCACAUUCCAAAUUUGAAGAGCUGAGUUUAAUGGCAAAUUCUGAUAGAUCAAGCAGUAUGUCCAAUCAAGUUGCAUCAGUUGAAUUACAAGCAGACACCACUUCAGUUGUCACUGAUACUGCAUAUAGAUCAAAGGAGUUCUUGUCAUCUGAGAAUUCUACUCCCUAUCCUUCCAGAAUUGGUGGUUCUGAAUGUGGUACUGAACUCUCUAUAUCUUCAACUCUUGAUUCGCCUGACAGAUUAGAGGUUGGGAUUAUGGAAAAUGAGCAUGAUGCCAAAGAUUUGGUAGAAGGGAUAGGUAAUCCUGAAAACAAGAUAGAUCAUGGUGUUGAGGUCAAUAUUUUGUGUGCCACUCCAACUUCUAACUUACCUUGCUCUGAUUUGGAUCAAUUAGAAAUUGUUGAUGACAUCAGUGGCAAAAUGGUUCAUUCAGUGGUGCUUGGGGACUCUAAAGAGCCUGCUGUUGAGACGGAGAAAAAUGCAUCUGACCUGCUGAGAGAACAGGCAGAGACUGUUCUGCAAGAUUUUAAGUUGUCUCCGGAAGCUUCACCAGGAAGCCAUAUGACCAUCCCUGAAUCCCAAGGAACACCUUCAAGUCAGGUAUCCGUGAAACCUAAAGAGAGCAAAACAAAAAAGACUGGAUCGAGUAAUAGACGCAGAAUACUGUCUGCUGGUAACAAGUCUCCUGCAAAUGCAAAUCAUGAUUCAGGCUCAAGUGGUAGUAGAGAACAACUGCCUAAAGAUCAGCAGAGUGGAAAGAGACGCAAUUCCUUUGGCUCAGCAAAACUUGAUCAUGUUGAUCAAGAACCUAGAGAUAAUAGUAGUGACAAUAGUUCUAUUCCACAUUUCAUGCAAGCUACAGAAUCUGCUAGGGCCAAGAUAAAUGCGAAUAACUCUCCAAGAUCAAGUCCAGAUGUACAUGACCAAGAAACCCACGUUAAGAAGAGACAUUCCUUACCUGGUGCAACUGGUAGGCAGGGUUCUCCCCGUAUCCAACAAUCGUCUCAAGCCCAGCCGAGCACAAAGGGAAAUGGCGUACAUGCCCUUAAUGAGAGAAAAUGGCAGAGGUGAAUUUGACACUUGACAGCUUAAGCAUGUUCACAUGCCUCUACUAUGGUUGAUGAUGAGUACUACAGUGACACACAUUAGCAGUUUGUAAUUCUGAUUACAUUUGUAUUCUUUGCCUUUCUUCUCUGCCCCCCAAAAUUUAAAGAUGGAGUUUGGCUGUGACAGGAGGGUUCGUAUAUAGAAUACUAGAGUGUGAAUGAGAUGCUUAUUUAUACGUUAUUGCUCUCCUCACUGUGAUUGUUGUGUCACAUUCAGUGUGGUACGAUUUGUAAGUUGCAUACUACUGGUGCUUGUGAUGUCACUUCAUGUUUGUUAAAAUGUUUUAUUUGUCUGAGGCAUCUACAGUUUUUUUUUUUUGUUUUUUUCAUAGGUAUUGCCUGGUUGUAAUAAACUGCAUAUUCCUAUUUUGACUUC